GCUUUAGUCCGUGCUUGCUCACUCAGUGAAGCGUUGAACUUAGAACCGAUAGGUCCCAAGUUUAAGCCCUGGACAGGGUCACUCGCCCUACUUUCCGAGGUUGAUAAAUGAGUACCACUCUGAGUUAAGGAAAUACGAAGUUACGCGCGCUACGCUUGUCACGUGGCCUCACAUUCUGCCAUUAAAAAGACAUAGCUCGAAAUGUCAGUCAAACCAAAUUUUUAGGCGUUGUUCAUCCGUUUAUAUCUUACGUAAUGAUGGUGCAGUUAUUGUGUUUAUGGUUUGUAAAAUUUACGUGAAUUUUUUUGGUUGCAGCUACCCUUUUUGUGAAGAUAUCAAUUUGCCUCAGGUAUAUUUAAAUACUCGUGCACCAGCUUGGUGUGAUCGGGUGUUGAUGGACAAGAUAGCAUGGCAGCUACUGCACGACGAGACUGUCAAAUACGACAUCGUUGGAAAGGAAACCUGUAUGGGCGAUCACAAGGUAAGACAUGUACGAUUAAAUGGUUUUUACUGCAUAAUUUGUUGGUUUGCAUUGAAAAAUGCAUAG